AUGACAACAUCCACUGAGCUGCCUCCUCCUGAGCUGACCUCUGUGAGUCAGGUGUCAGAGGGAGCCCAGGUGAGGCUCCAGUGUUCAGUCCCAGUGCCUUGCUCUGUCCUGCCCCCCUCCAUCACCUGGCUUCCCCGAGACAACUCCAGGCAGGAGCAGACACAAAUGCAACAGACGACCAUGACGUCCACACUGACCUUCAUUGCCACAGCCGACAAUCACAACCAGAGCAUCUCCUGUUCUGUCACGUACCCGCUGACAAAAGGGGGCAGCAGCCCGCCGUCUGCAUCCAGUCAGAGGCUCAACAUCCUGUAUGCUCCUAGAGACACUGUGGCAACACUCAACACACCUGUUCCUGUUUCUGAGGGCCGUACUGUGAUGUUUACAUGUCAGAGUGAUGCCAACCCCCCUGUGAGCCUCUACACCUGGCACAGAUCCGACAGUGGAAACCUGACUAAGAAGGCUGAGGAAGAAAUCCUGGUCCUGCAGGUCAGCCAGGAGGACAGCGGGGUGUAUCUGUGUGAAGCUCAGAGUCAGAGGGGUUCUCAGAGGUCCAGACCUGUGUUUUUGGAGGUCAGCGCUAAUACAGGUGGCAGCGAGUGUGUUGUUUUAUUUCCCUACAUUAUGUGUGGAGUGUUGUUUGCCCUCUACAUCAUGACUGUUGUUGUGGAUGUGUUCAAGUAUCGGAGUAUUUGCAGGAGGCUGAAGCAGAUUGAGCUGAAGGGGGAACACACUUACGAUGAUCUGCGGACCUGCAGUGUCGCCUCUGACUAUGACCAACUCCAGUCUCGACAGCCUAAAACGAUGCCCUCUGCCGACGUUCCCAACUAUGAAAACUCCAUCGCCCUACAAGCCAUUUUAAGAAAUCAACCUCCGUCAAAACGAAAAUGAAGAAUGAGUGAAAGUCUUCCUUAAAGUGGUCUAGAGAAAUAUAUCAAUGCUUCAGAUUUUAAUAUAUCUAGAUUUUGCAUCCAAAAAUGUCAAAUGUCUCUACUUCAUGUUCUUUAUCUACUUGCAAUCUUUAAAGCUGUGUCGAGUUCUGUAAGUGUGAAUGAGAAGUCUCUGCCAGAGUUUAAGAUGGACAUCUAAGGGAAAAAUAAAGACU